AUGAUAGAAUGUGCAGUAUUGAGAUGUGAUCAGUGUUUUGAUGACCAGAACUGGUUCUGUGGCCGCGUUGAGGGUGCAACAAAGGACCAUGGCAUGGCAUGCAAACACCGUGCAUACCCGGGUCAGUACUGCGACGAAUCGACGAUGCCCUGUAUGAAUGGGUCGGCUUGCUCAAACAACAACAACACUUGUCAGUUCACGCCCGAGUACGAGAAAGAACACGAGGAAGAGGUCAAGUCACGUCGGAUCACGAUGGUCGGGAUGAUCGUCGUCCUGAUCGCCAUGUUUGCGGCGAUGCGCAAGAUGCUCAAGAACGAAGAGGCGAGACGACGACAGAUCUGGGAGCCUGUGGAUUCGAGUGCCGAGGCUUCGAUUUUGAGACGGCUGGCUGAGGACACUCAAAGGAGAGUUGCAGGAGGCUGGGGUCAGAUCAGUGAAUCGUUGGUCGAGGGCGGCAAUGCAGCUACUGCUGCUGUGGGCACUGCUUUCACCAGGAUCAGGAAUAAUGUUAGGAGUGCAACGGUCGGAAACCGACAAGAGGAUUGCGACGACACUCUGGAGAUGCUGCCCAACGGACGCCGCGCACAGACCAGAAGGGAGCUUGAGGCCGACAUGAGGGACUUUUUGCUCGAGGGUGAUGACGAGGAAGAAGAGGACGUGGAUCAGAUCCGUGAUGAGGAUGGAUUGUUGGCUCACCAUCGUAAUAGCAGCAGUAGUGGAAGCAGCAGUAGCCAUCCUCGAGGAGGAUCCAAUACGAUCUCGUCGACAUCUCAAGCAUUGCCCUCAUUGCAGCCUACAGGAUCUAGAGGCAGCCCCACGGGAUUCCCAGAUGAGCCACCAUCAUACGAUCAGAUCAGGCCCUCCAACAACCAAGGUGCGCCCAGCUCAAUUGCUGCAGGACUCAAUAUUACCAACCAACAGCAUUUGGCACCGUCUUCAGGGUCUUCCUCGUCUUCCUCGUCCUAG